GACACAUGCGGCGCCCGCCAGCAGUCAUUUUCUACUUCGCAUAGCACCAGAACGCGAGCUGGUGAAGUUGUCGAUUUCAUUUGUAAUUGUAUAUUUUAAACAGGCUGAAAAAAGACAUGGAGGUAGCCAACGUAACACGAACGAAGCGUCUGUUGAAAGAGGAAGACAUGACCAAAAUCGAGUUUGAGACCAGCGAGGAGGUCGAUGUCACUCCUACCUUCGACACGAUGGGCCUGCGAGAGGAUCUCCUCCGGGGAAUCUACGCAUACGGUUUUGAGAAGCCAUCUGCAAUCCAACAGAGAGCUAUUAAACAGAUUAUCAAGGGAAGAGAUGUCAUUGCACAGUCUCAGUCAGGAACCGGAAAGACUGCCACAUUUUGUGUAUCAGUAUUGCAGUGUCUGGACAUUCAGGUGCGGGAAACCCAAGCACUGAUCCUGGCCCCCACUCGAGAGUUGGCUGGACAGAUACAAAAGGUGCUCCUUGCCCUGGGUGACUACAUGAACGUCCAGUGUCAUGCCUGCAUUGGAGGGACAAAUGUGGGCGAGGACAUUCGUAAACUGGACUAUGGCCAGCAUGUGGUUGCAGGGACCCCUGGGAGAGUGUUUGAUAUGAUCCGCCGGAGGAGUCUGAGGACGCGUGCCAUCAAGAUGCUGGUGCUGGAUGAAGCAGAUGAAAUGCUUAAUAAGGGUUUCAAGGAGCAGAUCUACGAUGUGUACCGGUAUCUGCCCCCUGCAACCCAGGUGUGUCUGAUCAGCGCUACACUGCCCCACGAGAUUCUGGAGAUGACCAACAAGUUCAUGACCGACCCAAUCCGCAUCCUGGUCAAACGUGAUGAGUUGACUCUGGAGGGCAUCAAGCAGUUCUUUGUGGCUGUGGAGCGUGAGGAGUGGAAGUUCGACACCUUGUGUGACCUGUACGACACGCUUACUAUCACCCAGGCUGUGAUUUUCUGCAACACCAAGAGGAAGGUUGACUGGCUGACUGAGAAGAUGAGGGAGGCAAACUUCACUGUGUCCUCCAUGCACGGAGACAUGCCCCAGAAGGAGCGAGAGUCAAUCAUGAAGGAGUUCCGAUCCGGAGCCAGCCGAGUGCUCAUCUCAACUGAUGUGUGGGCUCGAGGUUUGGAUGUGCCCCAGGUUUCCCUGAUCAUUAACUAUGACCUGCCCAACAACAGAGAGCUGUAUAUUCACAGGAUUGGUCGUUCUGGUCGUUAUGGCCGCAAGGGUGUGGCAAUCAACUUCGUGAAGAAUGACGACAUCCGUAUCCUCCGAGACAUUGAGCAGUACUAUUCCACACAGAUUGAUGAAAUGCCAAUGAAUGUUGCUGACCUGAUCUAAGAUGCUGGUGAAGGAAUUUGAGCGACAGCUUUCAUUACAUUGGACCCCUUUUCUUUACUGUUGGAAUUCCUGUUUAAUUAUAAUUUUUUUUAAAUAGUAGCUUUGGAACUCUUUAAAUUUGUGAUGACUGUUUUCUUAGGGAAAGACCUACUGCGAAAUCUGUUUUGUAAAUAAAGAACUUUUGUU